AUGAUUGAUGACUAAUUCUAUCAACCAAAAAUAAUAAAUAACUCAUUAUUAUAGAGAGGGAUCAAAAAUGAAGAUAAAAUCAUAUCAGCAUCCUAUAUUUAAGUCUGCUAUGAUGUCUAAAGAAAUACUAUAAUACCAUUAAAGAAUGUUAAUUAUCAUUUAACUAUCCUUCAAGGUUUAUCAGUCGUAGAAUUGUAACAAAUAUAUUCUACUGAAAACUAUGAUUAUCCUUUGGAGCUCGAAUAUGUAUUUUCAAUCAAUGAGAAUGCAGCUGUCACAAAAAUGAAAGUUGAAUUAGGAGAAAAAGUAGUCUAUGGAAUAAUAAAGGAAAAAGAGGAAGCUGAGAUAGAAUAUAACAAUGGAAUGAACCAAGGAAAAACUAUGGUUUAUAGUGAGGAAGAUAAAGAAUUUUCUUAAAUAAAAAGAGUAAGAAUAGGGUAACUUGCUCCAAAAUAAGAACUAAAAAUUAUUUUUUAAUAUGUUCAACCUUUAGAUGUCUUCUUAAACAAAUUUUGGAAAAUUGACAUUAAUCCAAUAAUUGAUAACAAUUAUUUACACUAAAAAGAUUAGAGUCAAAACCAGAAUAAUUAGAUUAUUAAUUAUCUAAAUUCAAAAUUUAAUUUGAAAGACUUUAAAUUUUUAUAUAAAUAAGACAUACAGAUUACAUUUGAUACUGGAUCUCACAUAACUUUUUGGAAAUCUCCAACUCAUAAACUUCAUUCUACAGAUAUCGAUGAUGCUAAAUAAGAUGGAAAAAACAAUAAAAUAAUUCUUAGGUUAGAUAAUAUUCCUGAAAAUUAAAAUCCUGAAAAACAAUUUACAUUGCUUUUUUCUUCUGAUGACAUUAAUCUUCCAAGGGCCAUACUGAGUCAUACCAACAAUGACGCAUUAGAAUAUUAGAAAUAUUGUGCUACGUUAACCUUUAUUCCAAAAUUUAAUUAGGUAUCUCUAGAUGAUGCUUACACAUAAUAUCUUGAUAGUUUAAGCUUACCAUAUAAUUAAGUUUUAAACAGAGGAAAUUAUUUAUUUUUUAUUGAUAGAAGUGGAUCAAUGAAUGGAUAAAGAAUUAAGAGAGCAAAGGAAUCAUUAAUUCUCUUUUUGAAAAGUUUACCUUAAGAUUCUUAUUUUAAUAUAAUAUCAUUUGGUAAUAAAUAUAUUUCAAUUUGGAAUGAAUCAAAGCAAUAUAACUAAGAAACUUUAGAUGAGGCAAUUAAAUGUGUAGAUAACAUGAAUGCAAAUAUGGGAGGUACUGAUAUUUACACUUCUUUGAAGGAAAUGGUAUAUAAUAGUAGUUACGGAACAUCAAAUGAGACAAUUUUGAAUGUAUUUUUGUUAACUGAUGGAGAAGAUACUGCAAGACCAAUUAUUGAAUUAGUUUAGAAAAACAAUAGAGCAGAAACGAGAAUUUAUACUUUAGGAAUUGGAUCGAGAUGUAAUUAAUAUUUAAUAAAACGAAUGGCUGAAGUUGGUAAUGGGAAGUUUCAUUUUGUAAGUGAUAAUGAAGAAAUUAAUGCUAAAGUAAUUGAUUUGUUGGAAGAUUCUUUAACCCCAUAUUUGAAGGCUUUUAAAGUAGAAACUAAUGCAAUCAAAAUUUCUUCAAUCAUUCCAGAUCCUGAAUCAAUUGUUAGUUUAAAAAAAAAUUAGGAAUUAACAAUAUAAAUACUUUUCUCCAGUUAAUAGGAUUAAGACAAUAUUCAAUUUAAAAUCAAUUGCUUUGAUUCGUAAGAUCAAAAGCAAAUAAAUUAUAAUGUGAAUUUAAAUUUAAAUUAAUCUAAGGACAAUGAAUAUUUUCAUAAAUUGGCUGCUCACAAGUUUAUUACUUAUUACGAAAAUGCUUUGAAAUAUGGAGAAUAAUAAGUUAAUUUUAUUAAACUUAACAAAUAAUAUCUUGAUGAUAAGGAUAUAGUCAAUUUAUCGGUGGAGAAUCAAAUAUUGAGCAAUAAAACAGCAUUUGUUUGUGAAAUAUGUGAAUUAGAAGAUCAAUUUAAAUAGUAAGCGAGGUCAAAAAUUACUAUAUAAAUACCUUAAAGACCUAAACGUCAUUUCUAAGAUUAACUAUAAUGGUGUAUUGGAAUGCAAUAAUGUAUGGUACCUCCAUAGUGUGGUUCAUCACAGAUAAUGAACAUGCCUUUACCAGCAAUGGGCUCAAAAUCCAAUGCAAUGGUACUACCUAUGUCAUAGUAAAUCCAAUAUAAAUGUUGUACAACUGGUCUACCUAUAUCUAUGUUUUCACCUAUGGGAAAUUUGCGAUAAGAAUAAUGUGCACAAAUGAAGGAUUUCCCUAUGCAAACGAAUACACAACUUCAACUACAAAAAUUAUCAGAUAUAAAGAAAGAUGAACUAAAUGUUAAGCUCUCCUAUAAUUAAUUGAUUUAAUUCGCAUAAGCAGAUGGAAGUUUCAAGAUAAGUAAUGAUAUUUAAUUAAAAAUAAACUUUAAUAACUUAAACAAUGAAUAAGGCCUAAAAGAUGAUGUAUGGAAUACUUUGCUAAUUUUACUUUAUUUAGAAAAAUAUUGUAGUGAAGACAAGUAAUCAUGGCAAUUAGUUUUUUCCAAAAGUAUUUUAUAUUUGAGUAAGCACGGAAUAAACUACACGGAAAAGAAAUUAGAAUAUGAACAUUCAUAGGCAUGA